AUGAAUCUCGACAGUGCAGCUGACUUUUGUCCACAAUGCCAUUUCAUGCUAGAACUCCCAGAAGUCAUGGAUAUCAUGGAGUGCAAUCGUUGUGGAUAUAAGUGCUCUAUCACUGAUUAUCAACCAAAAUACAUCAUCUCAACCAUCAAAAUGGAACCAAAGUCCUGGCUAUCCAAUCAACAAGACUCUAAACUAUCUGAUCAAUCGCACAGAGCUCAAGAAGCUUACUUUUCAACUGCGCAAUUGAGAUCAGCAGAUGAAGGAUCCACUGUAUUCUAUGAAUGCGUUAAAUGCCAGUUCCGCUAUCAAUUAAAUAAUUGA